UGAGUGGGCGUUAGAACAGAUAAUACUUGCAGCAUUACUCAAAUUUGGAGGCUUAAUUGAUAACCACACAUUUUCACUCGGUAAUUGAAACUUAAACGGGUUGUAGAAGAUGUGGUAUCCUCCUCCGGUGAUGGUACCAAUUUGUUUAGCGCCAGACCCGCGCGGAUCUGUAGAUGUGCCUGCAGCUAUGUGGCCCGUUAUACCGUUUGAGCAGCACCUGUACCUUGCUGUUAACGACGUGGCCGGCUAUUGGGAUCGUUGCCUGUCUAUUCUCGUUGAGGACGAAAGGAAAUUUCUGCUGAACAAGUCUGUGUAUGAUCUUGUGAAAGUGAACUACUUCCUGGAGUUGACUGAUCCAAAGUUGCUUAGUUGGUAUCUCUCCAUAUCUCCAGAAGACAGAAAACUGAUACAAGAAGAAGGAGGCCUCCUUAAGUUCCUGCAAAGACACCCUGCUCUUGAAGUAUCUAGACAUAUUAUUCAUUUAAAGCAGCAAGUUAUAAGAAAUUGCUUUCCUGUUCCUGCACCUGAUAUGUCUUCAAAACCUGAUGGAUCAAGACAGGCUUAUGGCGUAUCACGUUGUGUAAAUUGUGGCACAAGUUGUCCAUCUGGUGCUGAAAAGUGCAGACGCUGUAGCAUGCUGAUCCUAAACGCAGAAGAAAAUGUUCGCGUACAUGAGGAAGAAAAGACACUUCAGUUGUUACCAAACAACGUACGAGCGGAGCUGAAUCUCUACAAAGGACAUGUCAGUGAAGAUAUGGCAAUGAGGAGUUCUCAGCAGUUUGAUAAACCGCAGAGUAUCUCAAAUAGUAUGCUUGCCCCACAGAGCCAGCUUUUAAACAGUUUCCAUCAACCAGAGCAGCCACAGAACAACUCUAGUGAUCGCCAGCUGUUGUGUCAGAUGUGGGAGGAAAGAGUGCAUUGUGAUGGCAAGGCUUUCCAAGUGUUUAAAGAUCAGUCAGCGCAAGCAAGCUUUUUGCUUGACAGGGAGCUUGAAAUGCAAGCCCACAGUCAAAGUAAUGAUCAUGAUGAGGUGCCUCUGCAGCCAGAUUCCAGUUCAGAUUUUCCUAAUCUUCAAGAGGAGACUCUAUCAGGGUAUUACAGUUUAAACAGCACUACAGUGGAGCACACAUCUGCCCAGUGGAGUGACGUCACUAAUACCUCCAUUGUGGCUACUAAAGGCAGCACUGAAGCAUCUGCCAAUUAUGAGCCUGUGACCUCUGGUACACACAAUUUUCCUGAUUCUGUAUCCUUCCUCAGCCAGUCCUCAGAGUGGACCGAUCUCUCAGAGGAUUGCCAAAAUCUUAGUAGUGAGGAUGACCUGGAAUGUGAGACAAAGGCAGAUGAGUAUCAUAGUGUGAAUGAAGAAGAAUCCUCAAGCCUAGCAACUUGCCCUCCAUGUGUUAAUCCCAGCUGGUCAGAAUCUGGUCAGAGUACUCAAGAGAGUGAAUUUACACAUGAGGGGUGCAUUUCUUCCACCAGCCUGGGUGAGCCUAAUGUCAAAACUACAAAAACGUGUAAGGUCUCUGCUGUCUCCCUCAGUGUGAGCCAGGCAGUGGAUGCCAGCAGUGACUUCAGAGCUUGUUUUACAUCCACCCAGGCAACAGAAAUCACUCAGGACUUCUUUGUGAAGCAUUACCAAGAUGUUUCCACUGGCACUGACUUGUGUCCUGUUAACCAGGAGACACAGACAAUUCAAAGGCCCACUUCUGAGAAAUGCACCAUUACUGAAGUCUACAUGUCUGACUUGGAUGCUCUUUGUGAGGAAUUUGGGAAGCUUAAAAUGAUGGAAGAACUAAUGUGUUUAAAGGAUAAAAUGCCAAGUGCUGGAGGGCUCAGGAGCAAACAGCAGAAGAGUUGUGGAUGUGGUGCUGUUCCACGUGCUAGAUGGGCAGAGCUGCGUCUACUGGCUCUGCAGUUUGCCAUGUGCCAGCAACAUUGCUGGAGGCGUUUCUACACCUCACAAGAGGGUGAAACUUCGCUUCAGGGAAUCGAAGCAGUACCUGAUGCAAUGUCACAGACCCUAAAGAGCCUCGAAGACAGUUACCUCAAGAUGAAGAGGAAAAUACUGGAAGGGAUUCCACUGGAUAAUCUCAAGCCACUGUCUGUGGACACAAAGAGAUUAACAGCUGCAACGUGUUACAGCCCAUGUUUGAUUUAUGAGGCAUUUUUAAGUGACCAUUUGCCUGAGUCUUCCUUCAAGGCCAGUAGCCUUAAAGAUGAGGGCCAGACUAACCAAGCUGAGGUGUUGAAAAUAAUCGCCACAGACCACGGACAUGUCAACAAGAAUACAAAAGCUCUUGGGCGUGAUUCUGCCACAUUGACUGAAACUGUCAACAGUAAGAAAAGUAAACUUGUGCCUGGUUCAAGCAAACCACCAGGAGUUUCUAGUGAUGCCAAACAUGGUGCUCCUAAAGACCUAAACAGCAGUGAUUCCUGGUUUGAUGCCGAGGAAGAACUGGGAUAUGCCGGUUGCAGUUGUAAAGAAGACAGACAACCAGAGCUGAGAGAUCAUGGGAACUCAAAGAAGGAACAAAAUGUGGAUGCAAACAGAGAGCUCGAUCAGUGUUUCUUGCUUUGUGUCUCAAAUUUGCCAAACACUGUUACUGAGGGUGAUCUGCUGCUUUGGUUUGGAAACUACCACACUGAUCAAGUGUCCAUUUCCAAUUUUGCUCAUACCAGGGUUGCAGUAGUGAGUGUAAGGAACCCUGAUGAUGCAGAAGCUGCGGUAAGAGAGAUGAAUGGCCAAUCCAUUCAAGGCCACACUCUCCAUGUGGAACACAUCCACAAGCCUCCCACAGAUGGUCAGGUCACCAUCAAAGAGUCCUGCGGUCAACUUGUGGACUGCGCUCCUACUGCCCAUAAAGCAGGGUCUGUAGGAAAAUGGCUGAUCCCGCAGAGCUCAAAUAGUAACUUCCGUGCCUCCAGGCUGUUCCGCUGCAGUCUGGAUAAGCUUACCAACAUAUGCGCUAUACCCACUGCAUCUGGCACCUGUGUGCCACAGCACUAUGGCACUAUGGGCAGCUUCGACACUAUCAUGGCCAAGUUAACAGAGCGCCACCCGAAAAUAGGCAGACAGCAGAUCGUCACCGCUUUGCUGGAGCUGCAGGCAAAGCGUCAUGGUGUCCUCAGUGGGCUGCCCCUCAGAGAUAUCAUAGAUAUGACCUCUGAACUUCUUACUCACUCAGCCACAGACUAAGCAAGAGAAGGGUCUCACCAAUGUUCUCAAUUGGUGUAUAUUUUGAGUUGAUUAUUUCUGUUGGUUUGGUUCUUUUAGGCAUUUAAUAGCAUGGUUAUGAUUCUAAUUCUACUUUUUGUGGGUUUUUUUAAUUUGUAGAUUUUCAGAAAAUGUGGUUAGAUGAUAGUUUCUCUUGAGAAAAUGUGUGUUGAAAUGUCACUUGUUACUUUUUAUAGUAGGUUUACCCAUUUAGAAAUGAAGGGUAGAAAAUUCUGUUCAAAGCUGUUCAUUAUACAGUGGAGUGUCCAGUAUAUUAGGCACACCUAGCUUGCAUUUGGUUAGUAAUCGGUCAUUUCAUCAGGUACAUGUGCCAUACAAUUCCACUGAUUGACAGGCUGAGGACAAAAUAUCCAAACUACUACUUGAUUGGAUACACUUGCUUGUUAUAAAAGGUAAUCUGUUUAUCUUCUAGCUGUACCUAGAUUUAAAAAAAAAAAAAGGUAAUGAAUCAAGGUAAUGCAUAUGAGGUAUGCACACCUAAUUAACUGGCAGCCCACUGUAUUUAGUGUUUUCAGUAUUCUAUGUGUAGUUGGCCAGAAAGGUGAAUCAUAUGAUAACUGUUUGCUUUUGAAAUGCAAAAACCAUUUUUCUUUUAUUAAUGUCUCAGUACAAUGUUCCAU